UGGGAACGAGAGAGACAAAUUGGCUCGAAAGUUCUAGGGCAUUGGCUGAAUCAGAUACGAAAAACACGGAGUCGUGAUGUGAAGUCUAACGGCGGUAACACCGACGGUGUCCGAAAGCGUUUCCUGCUGAGUCCAGUAAGUCAUCUGAAUUCAACUGAGAUCAAAAGCAACAAUGAAAAGCCCACAACACCGGUUAUUUCAUCGGAUCACAUGAGCAAUUCUCCAUCGAAUCCACUCCUCGAAACGCCUGCCUAUGAGGAUAACUUGAAGAAGAUGCCAAGCGAACGAAGAUAUUCUGCGAUCAGAAGAUUCAUGUCUCGUUUUUACUCGUGUUUGUGCCCUCCAGAUCGUGAUUGGACGAUCACCUCUGUACAGGUGAGUUCCAAUGAACAGCAACAACACAUCAAAACAAAAUCCAUCGAGUGA